UCAGGCCUCUGACUUCCUCUGCCUUGCAGGACGAUGCCGUCCUCUAUCUCCUGGGGCCUCCUGCUGCUGGCCGGCCUCAGCUGCCUGGCUGCUGGCUGCCUGAUUGAGGAUUCUGAGGAGUCAGAUGCAUCCAAGCAUGACCAGGAGAACUCAGCCUCCCACAGGAUUGCCCCAAACCUGGCCGAGUUUGCCUUCAGCCUCUACCGUGUGCUGGCCCAUCAUUCCAACACCACCAACAUCUUCUUCUCCCCUGUGAGCAUCGCCACGGCCUUGGCCUCGCUCUCGAUGGGCACCAAGGCUGAAACUCACACCCAGAUCCUGGAGGGUCUGGGCUUCAACCUCACGGAGACUGCAGAGGCUGACAUCCACCAGGGCUUCCAGCAUCUUCUCCAAACCCUCAACAGGCCCAACAGCCAGCUCCAGCUGACCACCGGCAGCGGCCUCUUCAUUGACCACAAUCUGAAGCUGCUGGACAAGUUCUUGGAGGAUGUCAAGAACCUGUACCACUCAGAGGCCUUCUCCACCAACUUCACAAACACUGAAGAGGCCAAGAAGCAGAUCAACACUUAUGUGGAGAAAGGGACCCAAGGGAAAAUUGUGGAUUUGGUGAAAGAUCUGGACAGAGGCUCAGUUCUCGCCCUAGUGAACUACAUUUUCUUCAAAGGCACAUGGGAGAAACCCUUCAAGGUAGAUCGCACCAUGGAGCAAGACUUCCAUGUGGACCAGGCCACCACCGUGAGGGUGCCCAUGAUGAACCGCCUGGGCAUGUUUGACCUGCACUACUGCCCCACGCUGUCCAGCAUGAUGCUAAAGAUGAACUACCUGGGCAAUGUCACCGCCAUCUUCAUCAUGCCCAAGGUGGGGAGAAUGGAGUAUGUGGAGGACACCAUCACGAAGGAAUUCCUCGACAAGUUCCUGAAAAAAGAUUAUACCAGCAAAGCCACAGUACACUUCCCCAAACUGAGCAUCUCUGGAACCAUCGAUCUGAAGUCUGUCCUAACAACUCUGGGCAUCACCAAGGUCUUCAGCCAUGAGGCUGACCUGUCUGAGAUCACGGAGGAUGCUCCCCUAAGGGUCUCCCAGGCCCUGCAUAAGGCUGUGCUGACCAUCGAUGAGAAAGGCACAGAGGAUGAAGGGGACACCGUUAAGGGACCCAUGGCCCUGACUCUUGCCCCUCAGGUGAAAUUCAACAGUCCUUUCCUCGUGAUCAUCUAUGAGCACUCCACCAAGAGCCCCCUCUUUGUGGGGAAGGUGGUGAACCCCACACAACAGUAGCCACCUCGGGUGCCAGACCCUGGUCCCUGCCCUGCUGGGCCCCUCCCAGAUGUCAUUAAACAAUGGUUGGCCUGGCCGACCCUGA